AUGCUUUAUAUUGCCACUUCUUAUUCUUUAGCAUAUUCUCUUUGUGCUAAUUGUUCCAAUCAGGAGGAUGAAUUUAAUGCACGCCCGUCUAUUCGCAUAGUAAUACCAGAUAAUCUCAAGGCGCUCCUUGUGGAUGACUGGGAAUAUGUUACCAAAAAUAACCAGCUUGUUCCACUUCCAGCAAAAGGACCGGUUUCCACCAUACUCGAUCAUUACUUUGAAGAAGAAAAACCCAAACGGGCCAGUGCUUCGGAUAUUGACGUGCUCGAAGAGGUGGUGGCCGGAAUUAGAGAAUACUUUGAAAAGUCACUCUCUAAGAUUCUCCUUUACCAGUUUGAGAGACAACAAUACCAGAUGAUCAGCAAUAAAUGGGAAUCUGGAGCUGAAGGAUACGUUAACAAAGGGCCCUGUGAGGUGUACGGUGCUGAGCAUCUUGCACGUCUGUUCGCAUCUCUACCUGAGCUUAUUGCUCAGACAGGGCUGAGCCAGCAGGCUACACAGAGAUUACGUGAGGAAUUAUCAAAGUUCUCUAUGUGGCUUAGCAAACAUUCUGACCGUUACUUCUCUGCCAAAUAUGAUGCUCCAAGCAAAGAAUACAUUGACAAGGCCAAGGGCGUAAACAGCCAGGAUGCUCCUGGUACUGCCACGGCCCGCCUUUUCGAAAUGGACAAGCAAGAUAAGUCCGACUAG